AUGUUUGAUUCCGUGAAGGCACACAGUGAUACGGAGGUUGAGGGCAAUGGGAGGACGCUGUCUACCAGAGGUGCAGCAAGAACUGUCCCACUGCCUCUGCGGAGCCUUUGUAAGCCACAAACGGCGGUAUGGCUCGUGCGGCACGCUGCUGUUCUUUUAGAGCUAAUGUCUCCCGGUCUCUGGAAGCGCCAUCUAAAGCUGCGGGUUUUGGCCGAUGGUGUGGCAACGAUCAGCACCGAUGCAGGAUGCAGCGACGGAGCAGAAACUUCACCCGCAAGGUCAGUAGCGACGACAGUUACUGUGAGUGGAUCUUCAUAUGCCCAGCACGUUCGUAGCGAGCAUACGGGCCAAAGGAGCACAACGCCACAACGUUCGCAGCGACAGCUGUGCCCAAAGUUGUCCAUGGAGGAAAUCAGCACACAACCCAAGAGGAGUCGCCCCAUAUCAUGGAGUGCGCCUGUAUCUCGUGCGCAGAGCUCCCACCUGGCGUCGUCUUCAUCGAAGCGACGCCCAACAGCAUCGAAUAAACGAUGUAUACCCCCCAGUAGCAACUCCGUGACACCACGCGGCCAACGCCGUGAUGACGUUGUGGAGGAUGAGUGCGGCGGACCAUGCCCGCUGCCGCCUAUUCCUUCACCUGCGCCGCACUCUAGUGGGUCUACCCCGACGAAAGGAAUAUAUUCUUCUAGCGCCACCCGACCUUACCUCGGGUUCCGCGUUGCUGUGGGCCGUGACGAUGCUGGCCACACCACGUUGACGGUCCAUGAAGUUACUGAGAGCUAUGUUGGUAGCAACAGUGAUGUUGCGCAAGUGGGCCCAGCCUUCGCCGCCGGCUUGCGUGCUGGGGAUCAGCUGAUUCGAUUUGCUGGCUACGCCGUGACGGAGCUUGCUUCAUUUAACGCUGUUGUGGCGCGACACGUGCGGCCAUCCGGGUCUGUCCCAGUGGUUAUCUCCCGUGAUGGCGAGCUCAUGUCGGCAACCAUCGUAGUAGGGGAGAAGUCCCGCAGCGUGGGCCUUUAA